AGCGUUGCCACUGAUUUCCGUGCAACCCCCGCUGUACAGCAUAAUUGCAUGCACAUCAAUCACACUUGCUUGUCAGCAAUCAUCAGCGACCUGAAUCACUUGUUUGCUAGUGCAGUUAGUGGAGCGUAUCGGCAUUGUCUCAAUCAAAAUUUUUAAAUUUUUUUAAAAGAUCACCGCACUAGCACUGAAGAAUAACAGUACUGGUGAGGAUGUUCCUUCCAACAAGAAAAAGAUCGAGGAUAACAAAAAGACUUAUGAGAUCAAGCGCACAAGAAAAUUUCAGUCGGCUAGGAUGAAAGAAUAUUCGACUGGGCUUGUUAUGAACAAGAAACAAACAAAAUGCGCUACUCCACAGAUGUACAUUUAUCAA